UAGUUGAUAAACGCCUUACUAGCCUCUGUAAGAUCACGGGCUAAUCGAGCACUUUUCCAAAAAAUUUUCAUUUACAAAAUAUGAAAACUUGGGUAAACAAUUUAUGGUUUGAAGCCUGUGAUUUACUCUUUGCAAUAUUUAGUAGCUGUUUCGUGGAUAAAAAACAUCUCAUACCUAUAUAAUGUUUUAAGUUGCAAGCUUGAAAGAUGUUGACACGCGAACAUAAGCUAUGUUUAAAUAUAAGACGCUCACUGGAAGAACAAAACUUGAUCUCUGUACCGAUUCAAAAAUUCUCUUUCGUUGUUGCCUUGUUUUGAAAAAAGGUAGUUACCUCAGUUAUCGUAAAGACUUGGUUCAUUUGUUUGGUUUUGGUAGGAAGUUUGGUUAAUUUUUGCCUCUAGCUCGCACACAUUUAUAAAACCUAGUAAUCGAAACGUAGUUUAUUGAAAUUUGUGCCAGAAGAAUCAAGGGGAUAAGCGAGUCCAAAGAAAGUGGCUGCCACGCUGAUGACGAAGGUAAGUCAAAAGGAACAAAAGAGUUUCAUGUUCUGCGCUCAGGCCACGCAUUUCUUUAAUGUUUUGUAGGAAUGUGUUGAUAGUUUUGAUGUUUGGACCAGGAGAAUGAUAAAGCCAUUUUUGACUCUCUGUGCCAACUAUUUAGUUCUCUGUACAGAAAGCCUGUCUUGGUGCCUUUGUGUCUCAAAAUUACCAUGGCGACCACAAAAAGACGUUUAGCGCUGAGAAGUAAUUAAAAGAUACAUUUGAAUAGCGAUUGUUAUUGGCUGUCUCCCUUACAGAAUUAAGGACGUAUAGGGGAUCAUAAUUCUUUGUCAUUAAACAGAAAUAGCUGAUUACGUAUAAUUCAUUGCAACAUUAUGAAAAGGAAAUUAGUUUUUAAAGUGGUAAUUUGUUUGAAAAUUUAGAUUUCUUUUCCUCUUCAAGUGUAACGUCAAGCUGACAGGGCCCUACCCACCAAGUUUCCUGGUCUUUUCAAAUGAUGCCAAGAAUCCAGCUCCUUAAUUAGAUUUGCAGCUGAAUCAUUGUAGCUAGUCCAAUUGAUUCCAGUUGAAUAAUUCAUAUUAAUGAUUUAGUCAAUUAAGAAAAUUAUACAUCUAAUACAAGGACCAAAUUUCGUUAGCCCUGUUCCCGUUUUACGUUUUUCGUCAGUAUACUGUAGGGUUGGUAUUGUUUUGUCAUGUGGUCAGACAUCAAUUCAAACAAUGACUCCUCUAGCACUAGAAGCAUUUUAUUUGUAAUGAAAGAUUUUUUACAUUGCUGUAGAUCCUCUCAUUCUGCAGAUCAUGCUAAGUCCUUUGAAGUUUGUCUAUCAAUUUAUCAAGCAUUGACGUAAAACUUGCUAAUGUACGACAUCCAACAGUAGAUUUGUUGCGCUUAUCGAUUCCGUGCAUCCAAGCUCCAUAAUGUUAUCAAAAUUUGAUACAUCUUUAGUUAACUACAGUUAUGGGUAGAGGCAUGGGGGCUGUAGCCUUCAUAACUCUUACACACUAUGAAAGCUACUUUUUGUUGAACUGACAAAACAUUGUAAACUUUCUCUGCUUCUUAUAAUGUGUUAAGAUCCUUAACCCUUGAUGGAGGGAAUCCUAUACAGCCUGAUUAAAUCGUAAGUAGAACUUUGCUAAUGCUCCUUCUCACUCGUUUUCUCCCCGCGACGCUCAAUACAGAUCACCAAUCAUUACGAUAGUUCUGUGCGGUAUAGGGUAGCUAUUAAUUCCAUAAUUGCUUCUUUCUUUAGAACAAAAUGAUUCUUUGCCUAUACAAAAAGAGUAUCUAAAUUAAUUUUUGUCUGAAUUAAUGGGACACUACUAUCCCACUUUCCUUGAAACUUAAUGAACGAUUUCCUCAGAAUAGCAAGUCUUCCUUUUAGCACUGAACCUUUUGUUUCUUUCAGAAUUCAGCGAAUAUUUUUGAUAUCACAAUAAGGUUUUGAUUAUGCCCUGCUACAUCAUCUAUCUAUUUAGCCCUUAUUACUCCAGGAAACAGGACUUAAUCAAAGUGACUUAUCAAGCUUUUUGCAAGUGUAAUUAACAGCUAGGAGUUACUGUUAUCCGUGUCCUCAAUGGUAUUUCACAUGCCUGCAGCUAAUGGGCAGUUUGGGGAAAUUUAAAGUUUCCAGUAAAAGAUGCAGGGAAUAACCCCUCUUUCCUCAAACAACGUUCCUUGAAGAGCCUAUACCCUGGGUACCAGAGCCUCAGAAAGUCAAAGGAUGAUGACCGGUUUGAAAAGUUGCAAAGAACGGGGAAGUCCUUCCCAUCCCCAUUCGCAAUCCCUUUUCCGCCUUCAUAACCCUUCGACUCUCUGAGGCUCUGGUACCCAGGGUAAAGAGCCUGUUGCAUAAACUAUCGAACAAAACUAUCUUGAAUAAACUAUUGCUAUUAUACAUUGUUUCAUGAGGAGCUGGGGAUGCUACUGAAAACACGCGACAUUCUAUCGUAGUGUAUCAGGCAUUUUGGCUGGCAUUGUCAGUGGCGGUUUUAAAGGGGGGCCAUGGCCCCAGGCCCCGCGCUUAUGGCAGCCAAAAGGGGCCCCACACCUGAGAAAAAAGAUAGAAAUUGUAAAGAACAAGGGCCCCGCAGAUGUUUUUUGCCCCGGGCCCUCCAGUCCCUAAUACCGCCACUGGGCAUUGUAACAUUUGUGGAUUCAAUUUUUCCUGUUUUUGUAAGCUUGAUUUACCUAUAAAAGUGUCAUAUGAAGCUAUGCAUCCUUGAUUCAACCAGCACGUGUUACGAUAUUACCAGUAAUGUUCUACUUACCCUUUCAACUUUGUUCCUCUUUUUCCUUCAUUGAGUUGUGAAUUUGAGUUCGGCCAUGUAGAUGUGGUCGGGCAAACAUAUUUUUAAUUAGUAAUGCAAGCAUCGUAAUGGGAAAAUGUUUGAUUACGAAGUUAUUGCAUUGUUCAACAUGCAUUAGAUUGCUUCUACUUGGUUUUUCAAGCCGAAGUGAAAUCUAAUAAAAAAUUAACGAGGACUAGGCUUGAAUUUUACGCGACUGGAAUAGAAACAAUUUACUACGGACGACAUCAGAAGUGACAUUAAGACAUUAAGAAAGUAAAGGUGUUCAAAAUAAUCUUGUAUUUGUUUUAAUUUCAUUCUCAAAUUUUUAGCGCUCCGUGAAAUACAAAUUGUUUUGUUUUUAUUUCAUCCAAAUCAAAAACAUCACUAGCUACUCAAUAAAUCCCCUACAACAAAUAAAUCAUAUGCUUUUCUGUCACGUCCAGCUGAAUUCGUGAUAAAUUAUGUAGACCCAUAGGUGGACAAUUUUCCCAGAUCUUUUAUGUGUUCAAUUAUAUGUCGAUGUAAGUCAGUCAAUUACGCAACUUAAUGUAACAAAGCCUCUGCUACAUUUGAAUAUAAAAUCGAUUAAUGAAUUGGUGGAGUCGUAAGAACUAAUCAGACACAAAGCCAGAUGUUACAGUGGCCACUCCCUUUGGUCGAAGCACUGUGAACAUGCUUUCAAUAAACAUACAUUUACCAUGUUAUAAGCGUAUUUUUAUGAGAAGUCAAUGGAUGGAAAAAGGCUAUCGGAGUUAUAGUGUGUUAAUACAUUUUGUACAAUUUCCAUUGGUCCUCUCGAGUCUUGCAAAGAAAGAAGCUAUUUCAUUAAGAUCAUGACAAAUAUCAAGCUACACCAAAUCUUGGAAUUCCUCCAGUUCAAAGAUUCAGUGUAGUGAAAUCUUCAAAUCUCAGUUACCAACUCUUGCAAACCACCAGAAACUCUUACCCUUCAAACUACUAAUUUGUGAAAUGACAGAACAUUAGAUCCUUAUAGGCCCAAAUCUCCGUUUUAUUCAGUACUCCAUCAUUUGAUAAACGAAGCAACUUUAUUUUUCUGGAGACGAUUACAAAAAUCUUUCGUUUUUAUGAAAGGCUCCUUUAAGUCCUCUGGGCAUAGCCGCUCGUAACACAUCAUUAUGCUCAUAUAUUGAACAAGUCGCGCGCAAGCAGUGAUUGUUCAUUUAUUUGUAAAAUGAUGUCAUUACUUGCCCAAUGUAACAUUUGCUAUAAGAUCAAAAUUGAAGUAACUUAUAAUGAGUUUCCUUGUACCCAAGCUUUCAUCAACCAGCGUUACACUAUUUGACCCGCUUAUAAACCCUUAAAGUCUACGCCAGUUUAUGCUUAUUCACCCUUUACAUAAAAUAUAGAUUUAAAUAAAGCCUUGGAUUCUGAUUAACCUUAGUACCAAUUUAUCCUUCACUAUGUGCGUUCGAGGUGUUUAAGGUGCGUAACACUCCCAUGCAUUUCCUCUUUAUAAUUACUUAUUUGCUAUCAAUUGCCGUUCCUAAUUGGCUGUUAGUGUGUACAUCAUUGCACUGCGCUGCCCUCAUUGCUUAAUUAGAUAGAGAUUCGGACCACGACGCAUGUGUCAAUGAUCACUAACUAGUUGGGUCUUACAUAGAGGGUCGAUAUCAAUCUGAAUCCGUUCGAAUGAAAGCAAAGACGGCACAAUGUUAUAGUCAUCUAUUAAAAGAAGCUUUUUAUAUCUAUUUGUUUUUCUGAACAGCAGAGGCCUCUGAAUGAGAAUGGAGCAUUGGUGUGGAUGGAUUCUGUUUAUGACAAUACUAUACUGUACGGAAGGAAGAGAUUUUCAUGAAAAGGCAAAAUACCUCGGUUUGCAGAUACCCGCAGUAACUUCACAUGGCCUAAGAUACAGACGACAAGCAUCGACCUACUGUCCAUCUCUAAGCACUGUCGAUUACCGGUUGUCUGUAACUUUCGUUUUGUGUGUUGAUUACCAAAACCUACAGCUCUUUGAAAGAGAUAUUAUUACAAACAAGAUCUCAACAUUCACUGGUGAAGGAAAGGACAAAAUUUCUAUGUACCGUCUGUAUGUUGCUGAUAAACAGCGCGUUUAUGACCACAUUAAAGGCCCCCCUGGGCUGUCUUGCAGCAACAAAACCAAACUGAAAGAUGGAUUUGCAGAUCCAGGGGGAUGGGAUCCCAUAUUUGUUGGGUACCAAACAUCUGCUGAUGUGCAAUUUCAGUGUUCCGAAGAUCAAAAAGUGAAAGAUUUGGUGAACAGAAUCAUAACUGAAGUGUCUGUAAACAAAUUGCACGGUCACGUUGGAUACCACGUCAUUGGCUGGACUCUAAAUUUGUGGCACUGUGCAGCUCCAACAUCGCUACCAGAAACAACGACACAUGGGCCUUCUUCAGAGCCUGUUCCAGAGACGAGCCCAGUGCCAUCAUCCGAACCAGAGCCAAGCACCACAUUUGUGCCAACGACAGAACCUUUUCCAACAACGGAGCCAGUAGCAACUACAGAACCUUUUCCAACAUCUGAGCCACUACCAACAACAGAACCGCUUCCAACGUCAGAACCGGAGCCCACCACAGAACCAGGACCAACGCCAACUGUAAAAUACUGUCCUUACACCAACAGUAUCAGUUAUCAUUUAACCAUCAGCUUUGUUCUGUGUAUUGACUACGAUUUUCUCAUUAAUUAUGAACGCACUAACAUCCUGAAUAAGGUCUCAGUUUUCAUGAAUGUUCCGACUAAUCGAAUAUCUAUGUAUCGAUGUAUGUACCUGACCAACCACGAGUAUACGACAGCAUAAAAGGUCCCCCUGGUUUUACAUGCACUAAUAAAACGAAAAUCGAUCACAGCCUAGCAGAUCCUGGGGGCUGGAAGUCAGUCUAUAAUGGAUAUCAAACAUCUGUGGAUGUUUACUUCACUUGCCAGAAUCUCCAAGAUGUUGCGAACUUAGUGCAAAAGAUAAAGUACGAAAUAUCUCUCAAUAAACUUCACGAGCGAGUAGGAUUUCAUGUCAUCGGCUGGGUGUUGUACCGCUGGUACUGCUCAACAAUGUCAACAACACCAAUGCUGAGCACACACUUACCGACCACAGAACCCAUCCCCACAACUGAACCAUCUCCCAUGACGAUUACUACAGCGGAUCCAGGGACAGGAACCACUCCCAAAUUAGUUUACUGUCCUCAUACCAACAGUUUGAAUCACCGUUUGACGGUCAGCUUUGUCUUCUGCAUUGACUACAUCUUCUUGCUGCAAUAUGAGAAAACCAACAUUCUCAGUAGGGUAUCUAAUUUCAUGAAUGUCACCCAAAGCAGACUUUCCAUUUACCGACUGCAAGUGCCUGAUCAGCCCAGAGUUUACGAUUUUAUACGCACUCCCCCUGGUUUUACAUGCACUAACAAAACAAAACUCGAUCACAGCCUAGCGGACCCAGGGGGAUGGAGGUCUGUCUAUAACGGCUACCAAACAUCUGUCGAUGUUUAUUUCACAUGCCAAGAUGCACAAUCGGUUGCAGAUUUAGUGACAAAGAUAAAAUACGAGAUAUCUCUCAACAAACUUCAUGAUAGAUUAGGAUUUCACGUGAUUGGAUGGGUACUCUAUCAUUGGGACUGCGUGGCUAUGACUACGACACCAAAGGUUGACACGACUACUGAGAGAACAACAACAGCCGUGCCAUUAACUACAACGAAUAAGCCAGCUACCGAAGAACCAACCACAACUGCACCAAUAACAAAUGUGCAGACGACAACUUCUGAACCAACCACUCAAAAGCCAACUACCGAACAGCCAACUACCAUGGCAACAACGACUCCUAGAGUCUGUCAAAGCCCUGUCCAGAAUCUUCCAAGUCCUGUCGUUUCAUUCACUGCUGGAAAUGUGAUUGCAUUCGUCAUUCCUGCUACGUUGUUCCUGGACGCAGAAGAUGGAAACACAAUCCAACUUCAACUGCAGCUCACCAAAAGCUCUACCAACUUCCCUUCAAAGUGUUGGUUUGCAUUCAAUCAAACAACACAGUCAAUCAGUGGUCUAACCUACACUAAUAUGGUACCAAGUGGUCAAAAUACAAUUUCAUUUGUCUUCACAGUCACAGCAACCGACUCAUGUCAACUUUCCACUUCUGCUGAUGUGUCCUUCAACAUUCAAGUGCCUGGACGCUCCUGUUUCACAAUGUUGUUUGUAUUCCAGACGCGAAUAACUAGAAACUGUGAGUUUGUGCCUGCACAGCAAUUCGCCGAGAAAGUGGCUGCAUUUUAUGGCCUAAGGCUGAACCGGGAUAUAACAGUUAUAGACUUUUCUAAAGUUGCUGGCAGCAAUACGCAGUUUCAAGUCUUGAUCGGAUUUUCAAGCAACGUUGUUGGUUGUCAACCGUGCAACUUUACUGCAUUGACUGAACUGAAGAACCGAAUUAUUGAAACGUCAACAGGCAGUGUUAAGCCAGAAUUUGUCAACGUUGUGUCCCCAGAGUUCAUCGUUAACAGCGUCGCAGCUACUGGCUUGGACUCCUGUGCAACACAAACUACCACAUCCUUGCCAAGUACAACCUUGACUCCAACAACCACACCACUGACUACAGUUGCAACGACUCCUAGAGUUUGUCAAAGUCCUGUCCAGAACAUUCCAAAUCCUGUCGUUUCAUUCACUGCUGGAAAUGUGAUUGCAUUCGUCAUUCCUGCUAUGUUGUUUCUGGACGCAGAAGAUGGAAACACACGCCAACUUCAACUGCAGCUCACCAAAAGCUCCACCAACUUCCCUUCAAAGUGUUGGUUUGCAUUCAAUCGAACAACACAGUCAAUUAGUGGUCUAACAUACACUAAUAUGCUACCAAGUGGUCAAAAUUCAAUUUCAUUUGUCUUCACAGUCACAGCAACCGACUCAUGUCAACUUUCCACUUCUGCAGAUGUGUCCUUCAACAUUCAAGUGCCUGGACGCUCUUGCUUCACAAUGUUCUUUGUAUUCCAGACACGAAUAACUAGAAACUGUGAGUUUGUGCCUGCACAGCAAUUUGCAGAGAAAGUCGCUGCAUUUUAUGGCCUAAGGCUAAACCGGGAUAUAACAGUUAUAGACUUUUCUAAAGUUGCUGGCAGCAAUACGCAGUUUCAAGUCUUGAUCGGAUUUUCAAGCAACAUUGUUGGUUGUCAACCGUGCAACUUUACAGCAUUGACUGAACUGAAGAACCAAAUUAUUGAAUCGUCAACAGGCAGUGUUAAGCCAGAAUUUAUCAACGUUGUGUCCCCAGAGUUCAUCGUUAACAGCGUCGCAGCUACUGGCUUGGACUCCUGUGCAACACAAACUACCACAUCCUUGCCAAGUACAACCUUGCCUCCAACAACCACACCACUGACUACAGUUGCAACGACUCCUAGAGUUUGUCAAAGUCCUGUCCAGAACAUUCCAAAUCCUGUCGUUUCAUUCACUGCUGGAAAUGUAAUUGCAUUCGUCAUUCCUGCUACGUUGUUCCUGGACGCAGAAGAUGGAAACACACGCCAACUUCAACUGCAGCUCACCAAAAGCUCCACCAACUUCCCUUCAAAGUGUUGGUUUGCAUUCAAUCAAACAACACAGUCAAUCAGUGGUCUAACAUACACUAAUAUGCUACCAAGUGGUCAAAAUACAAUUUCAUUUGUCUUUACAGUCACAGCAACUGACUCAUGUCAACUUUCCACUUCUGCAGAUGUGUCCUUCAACAUUCAAGUGCCUGGACGCUCCUGCUUCACAAUGUUGUUUGUAUUCCAGACACGAAUAAAUAGAAACUGUGAGUUUUUGCCUGCACAGCAAUUUGCAGAGAAAGUCGCUGCAUUUUAUGGCCUAAGGCUGAACCAGGAUAUAACAGUUAUAGACUUUUCUAAAGUGGCUGGCAGCAAUACGCAGUUUCAAGUCUUGAUCGGAUUUUCAAGCAACGUUGUUAGUUGUCAACCGUGUAACUUUACUGCAUUGACUGAACUGAAAAACCGAAUUAUUGCAACGUCAACAGGCAGUGUUAAGCCAGAAUUUGUCAACGUUGUGUCCCCGGAGUUCAUCGUAAACAGCGUCGCAGCUACUGGCUUGGACUCCUGCGCAACACAAACUACCACAUCCUUGCCAAGUACGACUUUGCCUCCAACAACCACACCACUGACUACAGUUUCAACGACUCCUAGAGUUUGUCAAAGUCCUGUCCAGAACAUUCCAAAUCCUGUCGUUUCAUUCACUGCUGGAAAUGUGAUUGCAUUCGUCAUUCCUGCUAUGUUGUUCCUGGACGCAGAAGAUGGAAACACACGCCAACUUCAACUGCAGCUCACCAAAAGCUCCAUCAACUUCCCUUCAAAGUGUUGGUUUGCAUUCAAUCAAACAACACAGUCAAUCAGUGGUCUAACAUACACUAAUAUGCUACCAAGUGGUCAAAAUACAAUUUCAUUUGUCUUCACAGUCACAGCAACCGACUCAUGUCAACUUUCCACUUCUGCAGAUGUGUCCUUCAACAUUCAAGUGCCUGGACGCUCCUGCUUCACAAUGUUGUUUGUAUUCCAGACACGAAUAACUAGAAACUGUGAGUUUGUGCCUGCACAGCAAUUCGCAGAGAAAGUCGCUGGAUUUUAUGGCCUAAGGCUGAACCAGGAUAUAACAGUUAUAGACUUUUCUAAAGUGGCUGGCAGCAAUACGCAGUUUCAAGUCUUGAUCGGAUUUUCAAGCAACGUUGUUAGUUGUCAACCGUGUAACUUUACUGCAUUGACUGAACUGAAGAACCGAAUUAUUGAAACGUCAACAGGCAGUGUUAAGCCAGAAUUUAUCAACGUUGUGUCCCCAGAGUUCAUCGUAAACAGCGUUGCAGCUACUGGCUUGGACUCCUGCGCAACACAAACUACCACAUCCUUGCCAAGUACAACCUUGCCUCCAACAACAACCCCACUGACUACAGUUUCAACCACUCCUAGAGUUUGUCGAAGUCCAGUUCAGAACAUUCCAAGUCCUGUCGUUUCAUUCACUGCUGGAAAUGUGAUUGCAUUCGUCAUUCCUGCUACGUUGUUCCUGGACGCAGAAGAUGGAAACACACGCCAACUUCAACUGCAGCUCACCAAAAGCUCCACCAACUUCCCUUCAAAGUGUUGGUUUGCAUUCAAUCGAACAACACAGUCAAUCAGUGGUCUAACCUACACUAAUAUGCUACCAAGUGGUCAAAAUACAAUUUCAUUUGUCUUCACAGUCACAGCAACCGACUCAUGUCAACUUUCCACUUCUGCAGAUGUGUCCUUCAACAUUCAAGUGCCUGGACGCUCUUGCUUCACAAUGUUGUUUGUAUUCCAGACACGAAUAACUAGAAACUGUGAGUUUGUGCCUGCACAGCAAUUCGCCGAGAAAGUCGCUGGAUUUUAUGGCCUAAGGCUGAACCAGGAUAUAACAGUUAUAGACUUUUCUAAAGUGGCUGGCAGCAAUACGCAGUUUCAAGUCUUGAUCGGAUUUUCAAGCAACGUUGUAAGUUGUCAACCGUGUAACUUUACUGCAUUGACUGAACUGAAAAACCGAAUUAUUGAAACGUCAACAGGCAGUGUUAAGCCAGAAUUUAUCAACGUUGUGUCCUCGGAGUUCAUCGUAAACAGCGUCGCAGCUACUGGCUUGGACUCCUGCGCAACACAAACUACCACAUCCUUGCCAAGUACAACCUUGCGUCCAACAACUAUGGCGUCAACUACAGAUGGAACGAAGAUAUGUCUACCUCCAAGACUUGUUGAAAAAACAACCCCAUUGAGAAUCGACACAGGUACAGCAUUUUCCUAUACAAUACCAGAAGGAACUUUCUUUGACAAAGAAGACGGCAAUACACGAUCCUUGUCUUUAAAGCUUCAGCCGCUUACAAGUGGCUUGCCUGCUAAGUGUUGGUAUUCUUUUGACGAAGCCAAGCAAACAUUUAGUGGCUUAUCUUACGACGGAUUACUGAAUGAGAUCAAGUCUAGGAAUGUUCAGUUCAGUUUGCUUGCAACGGACAGUUGUGCUCUUACAUCUAGUGACAAUUUCACCAUGCAGCUUUCAAGGCCUAGCCGCCAUUGCUUCGAAGUCUCGUUUGAAUUCAAGACACUGAAUUUGCAUGAGUGUGAAUGGAUCCCUGUCAGUCAGUUCAUCGACAGAGUGAGCAGUUACCUGGGAACGAACUCAAGUCUUGAUAUUAGAGCGAGGAAUUUUUCCAAAAUUGGAACAAGCAAAACUAUGUUCCAAGUUAGAAUAGCUAUUUUGCCAACAAAAGUCGCUUGCCGCCCUUGUGAUUAUAUGGCAAUAUCAGAUCUGACUGACAGGCUAGUGGAUAAAAGUGACAAAAGCCUAAAAGCUGAAUUCAAAAACUUUAUGUCACCUUCUUAUAAUGUUAUAAAAGCAAAAGCUUCUGGAACUAAUGCAUGUGCGCCAGUUGUCACACCAACAGCGAUUGUGUCAUCAACGGGAAGGAUAUCAUGCAAGAAACCGAUACUUGUACGGCCAAUUAAGCCACUGAGGAUUUUCGCAGGGAAGAAUUUAACGUUUACAAUUCCCUCUGAGACAUUCUACGAUCGGGAAGAUGGCAAUACACGCUUUCUAAGUGUUUCUGUUGGCUUGCGCUAUCCCGAUAUCUCGCCUUACUGCUGGUUCUCAUACAACGCAACUGCACAGAAAUUAAUAGGCCUUCCCUACAGUGGACUUCUAGGGGGUAAAGAAACUAUAACAAUUGUUUAUAACAUGACAGCUAUCGAUAGCUGUGGACUUUCAGUUGCAGAUAACUUUUCUCUUGUUUUGAAAAAGCCCCCUCGUCACUGCUUUGAGAUGACUUUCACAUUCAGGGCAUCAAAAAACUAUUCCUGUGAGUGGGAAGCCAUCUUGGAAUUCGUUGGAAGAGUAGCUGUCUUUUAUGGAUUUGACAUGUAUUCGGAUAUGUCCGUUGUCAGUUAUACUAGAUCUAAAAAAUAUUCAAAUCGUUACUUGGCAAAAGUGUCCUUCUCUCAGAAAAUUAUCAAAUGUGACCAGUGCAAUUCAACACUAAUCUCAAAUUUAACGUACAGAGUACUCCAUCAAAAGAACUACACUGUGCACUAUGCUUUUAACUCCUUUUUGGCCCCUUCGUUUAUCGUUGCUAAUGUAUUCAUCGCUGGUGUUGAUUCCUGUGCGGCGUAUGUACUUCCAUUGACUUUAGCGAAAAAAGAAGGACUGCCAAUCUGGGCUUGGCUAUUGCCAGUUCUGAUAUUCUCCAUUGCGCUGGCAUUGAUUCUGCUAUUAGCACUUUGCCGUUGCCUGGGAUGUUGUACUUGUUGCGUAUGUCUGUUUCCAGUAGAAGAGGAUGAAGAAUACUUUAUGAGAAGAGAGUGCCCACCGCGUCGGCACAAGACGUACCGCGAGUUCAUUGGCAGUGACUUUGACCAAAACUACCCAUCAAUGCGCAAAAAUCGAGCCGGGCAAUCACCUGAUGAUACGUCAAUAGAAUCAGCUGAUGAUCUAGUUUCAGCCGGCAGCGAUGACAAUAACCUCAUACCCCCUUAUCCUGGGAAAAUCAACAAGCCAGCCAACUUUGGAGGAGGAGCAAAAGCGACGGGAGCAUCUGUAACAACUAUUGUUUACGCGACACCGCCAAUCGGCAAAGAAUCCACAGAAUUAAGCGUCUUUUCAAAUGCAGCCGCUGGUGGAGGGCCGACAGGCGAUGGGGUCAAUGUUGUGUACCACAAUGUCACAGAAACGUCUUUUGGAAAUGAUGACGAUAAUUACAAAAGGACACACGGCAGCUUUGAAUCACUAAUAUUACGUCAUACCAACAGCACUGGAAACCUUUCGGGGGGAAAGGUAAACGGAGGAUUCACAGGAAGCGCGACAUCUGAUCUAGACAGAGUAGGCGCUGGUUCUAGCAUUGAGCAGGUGGGAUCUUCAGCUGCAGUUACUGGGUGCUGGAAUGACGGUUUUGAGCCUCCUGCUCCAUUGCUAGACGAAGAAAAGCAUGAAACCAAUAUUGGUGGACUAGGUGUCAAGAACGGCACUACAGGUGUUCAACUCUCAAUUGUCAAUCCAGCUGGCGGCAUCUCAAAUUCUGGGUACGAUCCUGAUGAAGUCGAUAUUGAAGCGGGGACAACAGGUCAUUUUGACAGUUCGAGCAGUGCUGCAGUUACAUUUAGAAACAUGCAAGGACAGUCAAGUUUGCAGCAAAAUUCAAGACUCUCCUUUGAUGGGAAUAUUGGAGUGAAUGGACAAAGGAAUAGUUACCAUGCAUCUAGCUGUAGUGGGUUGAAGAAACCCGCACACAGUGCUCAAAGCAACGUCAGCGGAAAAGCGAUUCUUGAAAGCUCUGUUGCCAAUGAAUAUGCUUCUAGCGGGUCAGUUAACGAUAGAGGCAAUGUUGUUAAUGUUAUGACACACAUGUCUAUUCCAAGGCUUAACAGUGCUGGGUUACUGAGCGACUCAGAUACCGACAGUGGCCAGAGGCAUUUUGAUGGUAAUCAAAAUGGGUCCGCUGUUGGAACAAGUGACAGUUAUACAACCACUACCAACAUGUGCUUACACCAGGCACUUCAACCUGUACAGAAUGAAGCGAAUGCGUGCCAUGUUAAAUUACGCUCAGGCAUUGAAGGUAAAGAUUCAGAUGAAAAAUCCACAAGAGGGCUUGAUCAAAGUCUUCACGAUCAAAGUCUUCACGAUCAAAGUCUUCACGGGCAAAGUCUUCACGGGCAAAGUCUUCACGGUCAAAUUCUUCACGAUCAAAGUCUUCACGGUCAAAGUCUUCACGAUCAAAGUCUUCACGAUCAAAGUCUUCACGAUCAAAGUCUUCACGGGCAAAGUCUUCACGGGCAAAGUCUUCACGAUCAAAGUCUUCACGAUCAAAGUCUUCACGGGCAAAGUCUUCACGGUCAAAGUCUUCACGAUCAAAGUCUUCACGGGCAAAGACUUCACGAUCAAAGUCUUCACGGGCAAAGUCUUCACGAUCAAAGUCUUCACGAUCAAAGUCUUCACGGGCAAAGUCUUCAUGAUCAAAGUCUUCACGGGCAAAGUCUUCACGGUCAAAGUCUUCACGGUCAAAGUCUUCACGGUUUCUUGUCCCAAAAUGACUUUGAUUCAUCUGUUACUAAAAACGUAGAUGCCGACAAAGCUUUGUGCACAGUAUGCAGUUCUCAUUCACCUUGUAAUGAAAACACAGACAUUAUCUGCUUGGUAGGUCAUUCAAAGACGUGCCCUACUGCUGGAAAUGUGAGUUGCAGCAAAAUGGAACGGACUGACGAAAUAGCCACGAACCAACCAUGUGGAAAGCAGUCUUCAGAUUCACUACUUCACUUUCCCAUGGGGAGCUCUAGCUCUGGUGGUGAACCCAAAAGCUGUGAACAAUGCCAAGAUGCUGCUUGGAGAUCAACUUUGCCCAAUAUAGCCGAAAGACAGGCUGGAAGAUGUACCGUAUCCCUCAAAGGAUCAGCACAACAGAAUUUGGAAGACGAGGAUUAUCUUGCAAGAGACACUUGUAGUGGGGAUUGUCCUCAUAGAGCUUUAAAUCGUAUCAGCGAGGAAGGCGAUACUCAUUUAUCAUUUGCCAAUACAUUGAAAAAUGGAUUUGCAACUGGAUAUACUUCUGAGCGGGAAAAUCCCCAUACAGCGUCAAAUCAGGUCGACGUAGGGGCAUGCCCGUAUUCAUCAAAUUCUGUAGCAAAUUCAAAUGGACAUUCUACAAGGGAUACGUGCGGGGCGCAAUGUCCCCAUAAAUCUUCAAAUAACAUCAAUGGAACAUGCAAGCAUCUAUCGAUUUCAAAUGCUGCAGCAAAUGGAUUUUCCACUGGAGAUACCUUCGGAGGAAAAUGUCCUCACACAGUGUCAAAUCAAGUCUGCGAUGGAACAUGCACACAUUUGUCAGAUGUCAGUUUGUCAGCAAAUAAAGAAGACGCAACGACGAACCCUUGUAGAUACACUUUUGAAAAGGAAAUUCAUGUUGGGCCGAAGGACAUGGCAAUUAAUGCUGCAGAAGUCAGCUUAAAUUUCUUAGAAAUUGCAGGUAGUAGACAGAACCCCGCAUCAUCAGACGAUUUAAAAGAAACAGAACCAAUGUCGAAUUCAGCACAUAGACCAGGUUCAGAUGGUGUACGUUCGCACACAAGUAUACACUCCCAAGUACUAUCUAGACCGUUCUUUUCAGACCACAAUGGUGUCAUUUGCAAAGAAGACGAGACGACGCAAGGCUUCAAUGAAGGUCGCAUGCCAUCAGCUAAUACCAGCAAGAGUGAUCAUAGUUUUCAUAGCACAUCAAUGGCAUUCAUGAAAUCAGGAGGAUAUGAACGUUCAGAGAUGAUGUUGGGUAUAUCAGGAAAGCCAGAAGCAUUAGCCGGUGGAGUGACGUCCUACCACGGGGAAUAUGGUAACAUGCCAUACGAUGGGAGAAACUACAUCACAGCAGAUUUUCAUUUUCCAAGAGGAGGAGCACGUUGUGAUGAGCCUCAUGAUGUCAAAUGGACACCUGCAAUCGAAUCUGUGACUCCACUUGGGAAAGAAAGCGAAGGUGAUCCUGCUUUUGCAAAACAUUCCUACCGGUCACAGCUAGAGUUCGAUGGAACGUACCGAGGAGAAGCACUUUCACAAGGAAUUGCUUUAGACCAACGCCGGGACUCGCUGCCUGCGUUUUCAGAGGGGCAAAUUUUACAGGACGACUUUGGUAGAGCAGAAAUAAGGCGCCAAAAGUCUCUUAGGAGGAAUAUUGCCGAGGGGGAAAAAUUUGAAUUUGUCUCGUGUGACAGCGAUUAUGAUGCGAUAAGAAGAGCAAGUCUUCGACGUGCAAGCUGGCAAAGAGGCCACGAAGGAGGUAUUGGCAUUGGAGAUUUUGACGAAGGAUCUGUUUCUGACGCUGUUAGGUGGCAACAAAGUUAUGAUCAAGCUGAAGAGGGUGGCAUAGGGAAAGGCAGGAAUUAUGGAGUAAAAAGAGCUGGCCUGAAGAGAGGAAACUGGGACACGGGAGAGGAAGGUGGCUUUGCAAGUGGGCGAAACCACGGAGUAAAGAAAGCAGGGAUACUGAAAACGAAUUAUGAUAAAGGCGAAGAAGGGGGUUUUGCAAUUGGUGUGAACUAUGGCACAAAGAAAGCAGAAAAUCUUAAGAAUAACUGGGGUGAAGGAACUCUCGUUGGCAUAGGUGAAGGUUGGGGUGUUUCGGAUGAACUGGAAAGUGCAAAGUUGCAAAGAUGCAGUUGGGGGCGUGGAAGAAGGCGCUACUUGUCGGAUUCUUGCAUUCUUGAUAACAAUGACGAUGAUGAGGAAAAUGGCUUUAUUUCACGUGAUUUCGCCGCAACAUACGGGUCAGAAGAGAAUCUCCAACUGCCAGCAACACCAUUUGAUGAGAGGUUUAACGAAAACUCCUAUCGCGAUAGAUCGUAUUCCUUGCCUGAUGAGCUUGACGAUAUGGAUGACGAGAGCUGGCGUUUCGAAGAACCAAGAAGUGAUAGGCCAAAAAGGCUCAUCGAGUCAGUACGGUUUGUGAGGCGACCAUUGAAAAGGUCAUUGAAAAGAAAUGGCUCAAUGCAAAGGUCAGGAGGGAAAUAUACAAGAAGACAUCCCGAUGAGGCAAAUUUGAUCAUGAGGAGAGGCUGGUUUGACGUCAGAAGAUCCAUAAGAGUAAAGGUACCCGUCUCGAUGCGAGCAAGAGUGAAAGAUGACGCAGUGCUAACGGGGCCGGUACAUCUAGACUCAUUCAAAGUUAAUGCGAUCCAGAUGCCGGAUAGUUCAUAUACAACUCCGGACUCCAUUACACUUACAAAGACGCCAGAUACAAAGAUUUUAAUCAAAGGAGAAGCACACCGACACAGUGCGAACGACACUUCAUAUAGCUUUCAAACGAACGAACUUGAAAAUAAAUCUAAAUUCGGGACAUAUGAAGUAAAAAUACCGUUGAAAUAAUUUUUCAUUAUAAUUUAAAGACUUUGAUACGAUUGAAAGAAGUUUAUGGGUUUUUGAAACACUUUACUCUUUGUAAUUAGGUUGCGAUUUUUUCUAUUCAAUGUUUUAAUAUGGGUUUUUGAAUAGUUGAGUGACUAAGAUUCACUUUUUUCAACAUUUCUCCGUUCUUAGUUCAAAGUUACUUAAGUAAGUUGGACAACUGUAUUCUCACACCUUGCUCCCUGCAAUGACAUGGCAGGAUCGUGUGUGGGACAACGAGUACGCCCUGUUUAGCUUGGAUUCGUUUUAGAUGCCUUAUGAUAGAUCUAAAGUGGCAGAAAGAGCUCAGUAAUCGAGCUUUAGCCUGCAUGAAUUUUAUGGGUCUAACCGAUUUGUAAACAAAAAAUUGA